UUGGUGGAAUCUCUCAGACCCAGGGCCAGCAGGGGUCAUCAAGGGCAAGGGGCAUUUUCUUGCCAGGCAUUUCCCCUCAGGGAUUUCCGAAAUCUCAGCUGUAGUCUGUAAUGUCAGUCUAGAUCGUGAAGCUUUGGAAUAAGGAGUAGGGGCAUAGUCCUAGGGACCACUAUGCAUGCAAUGUGUCAGCAAAUCGGUUGUUACCGCAUCGCAUUGGCUUAGGAAGCUUUCGGUCUAGGGGCACGCUCUUUGCUAUCCACGCAAUAUGCAGUUACUAGUUCCUCCAGAGCUUCGCUGAGACACCGCAAGAUCCGGUUUCAGAAGAAGGUGCCUAUUUAUAACCGUCUAUAAUAUAGUACUAUCUCGCUCUCCAUAAAUCCAGCACAUCGCUCUCUGUAUUCGCGUCGCUGAUUCGGCGCGACGAUGGAGCAAGUGGACGAGGUGGUCGGCAAUGUGACGUCAUGGUUCAGAAGGUUCGUGAUGAGUGCCUUGGAGCAUCAGCACGCGCCGCUGCCCCAAGACGACAUGGACGAGGGCGUCGGGCGAACGUACCGCUUCUCAGGCAUGCAAGACGAAUCGCCGUGGUGGCUUAAAUGGUCCAGCACUGCGCCCCCCGGGUACGACCACCGCGCGCCCCAGCUGCACGACCAGCGGAGCGACGGCGGAAGCCAGGGGCAGGGGUAUGGCGGGCGGUACGACGACGAACGGGGCAGCCGAUAUGGCUACGACGAGUAUGCGCGGGACCGACCAUACGACCGGGAGAGGGAAGAGGAGGAGGAGCGGGAGAGGGAGAGGGCGGAGCGUAUACGGCGAGAGGAGGAGGAGGAGAGAGCCCGCCGAAAAGAGGAAGAGGAAGCAGAGGCAGCAGCCGCAGCAGAAGCGGAAGCUGCUGCAGCAGCGGCAGCACCACCCCCAGAUCUCCUGUCGAUGGAAGACGAUCUGUUAGGGCUGGGCACAGAUGCGGGCGUGGGUGCUCUGGUGCUCUACACUGCUCCCACCUCCGACGACCUCAUUUCCAAGGCGUUUCAGCAGGAGAUCAGCUUACUGGACAUAGACACUGGCACGUCAGAGGCCUCUUUGCUGGAGAAGGUGAACUCGGUGGCACCCAAGCAGGCGAACGGGGAGGUGGACCUGCUGGCUCUGGUGGACGGGCCUGUGCCUGCUGGCGCUGCAGCUGCUGCAGGGGGGGGAUUGGGAGGAGGGCUGGAUGCGACGAGUGGUGCUCUGGUGCUGGUCACGCCCAUGAAGGGCUUCCACGCCACCCCCACACGCCAUGGGGUUUGUGGUGCUUGCGAUCGCAGCAUAGACGCCGGCCGCUAUCUGAUUGCUCUGAACCGCCACUGGCACCCAGCGUGCUUCAAGUGCUGCCACUGCCGACUGCCCGUGACUGAAAUGCAGUGCUCUGUCAAGGAGGGCGACACCUACCACACAGAAUGCUACCGCCAGCUCUUCCACCCGAAGUGCUAUGUCUGUGACACUUAUAUGGCCCCCAACGACUCUGGCAUGGUGGAGUACCGCCUCAACGACCUGUGGCACUCCAAGCACUGCACCAAGCACAGCCCCUCCACAGAUGGCUCCCCACUCUGCUCCGCCUGCACUCGCCUUCAGCCCAGCACAUGCACAAUGGUCGACAUUGGCGGUAACCGCGCCCUCUGCCCCGAUUGUAACACCUGCUCCUGGCCCUCUCCCCCCGCCUCCGCCCUCUCCUCCCUCACCUCCUCCUCCUCUUCGUCCUCCCUGGGAGCGGUAGUUGUAGAUGCGUCUGAGUGCGCCCCCCUCUUUGCCUCUGUGCUGAGCUUUUUCGAGGAGGUGGGGUUGGGAGCGGUGCUGAGGGGUGCCGUGGGCGUGAUGGGGGAUGACCUGCCGGUGGUCACCGCGGAUGUUGCGGCGCUACAAGCUGCUGCUGGGGGAGAGAGACAGGGUGCGUCUCGCCUGGCUGUGGUGCCGGGAGUGUGCCUCACACAAGACACCACCAUCGAAACGGUCGUACGAGCACCAGGGUCCGCAGCAGGGGGGGCGUUUGGGGGCAUUGCAAGUGAGCCCAAGUCGUUGGCACGUGUCAACUCCACUGCUGUCUCUGGCAUCGUCAUUCUCUAUGGCCUCCCUGCACCUCUGGCAGGGGCAGUCAUUGCGAAUCAGCUCAUGCGGGCAUGGUUCCUCCUCGAUGGUGCCUUCUCAGCCCUACCCUCAGAAAUCGAGGAGGCCAUGUGCCAAGUCAUGGCGCACCUCUGGUUACAGCGUUACCAGCAGCAGCUGAAGAGCCCCUCUCCCUUCCAAUCCGGCUUCCUUGACUUCUGCCUCAACCGCGUGGCCUCCGACCCCUCCCCUGCGCUCGUUGACUCGUUCCGCUCUGCCUACUCUGCUGUUGUCUUCAAAGGCCUGCUCGCCACCAUCCAAACACUACGCAUGUCCAACACCCUCCCUGCGAUUUAGGCUCACGGGUCGACUCCCUGUUCCCUCUGCUUCUGCCUCAGCCGACCGGCCUCUGAUGCAUCUCUGCUUGCCAGGAGUCAACAUCCAUAAUGUCCCUCUCUCUCUCUCUCCGGAAUCUACAUGCCUGGGUCCACCUUGAAGCCAUGUGAUGUCUCAUAUAUGCACACUUCUACUCUACACACUCACAUUCAUAUCGUUGCACUAGCAUUCAUCUAUCGCUCCUAUUUUGCGUGGUUGGUCCUUACUCCAGAGUCUGUUUUCUGGCUGGUACGGCGGUGGUGGCCUCGGGCUACUUCAAUUAGUCGUUUACUUACCAGGAUAAGUUGAGAAAACUGAAGAUCGAGUAUUUUACAUGCUGCUCAUAUGGCUGUACCGGCAGAUGGAAAUACUCAUCGACUAUAGUCUGCAUAAUUUAAUCUGAAGGCAUAAACUUCAACAAUGAUU